AUGAGGAAGGGAGAGCAAGAAGAAGAGAUACCUUGCAUUACUCUACAGCUGUCUCUCUUGUGCUUUUCCUGUCCUUUGUCCUCAAGUGGAUCCAAGCCAGUGGACCUAAGGAAUGGCAGCACCGUGACUGAGUUUAUCCUCGUGGGCUUUGAGCAGAGCUCCCCAUCCACUCGGGCAUUGCUCUUUGCUCUCUUCCUAGCCCUCUACAGCCUGGCCGUGGCCAUGAACGGCCUCAUCAUCUUCAUCACCUGGACAGACCCCAGGCUCAACAGUCCCAUGUACUUCUUCCUUGGCCACCUGUCCUUCCUGGAUGUCUGCUUCAUCACCACCACCAUCCCGCAGAUGCUGGUCCACCUGAUAGUGAAGAACCACAUUGUCUCCUUUGUCUCUUGCAUGACCCAGAUGUACUUGGUCUUCUGUGUGGGUGUGGCUGAGUGCAUCCUCUUGGCUUUCAUGGCCUAUGACCGUUAUGUUGCCAUCUGCCACCCACUUAGCUAUGCCCACAUCAUGAGCCGGCAGGUCUGUGUGAGCCUGGUGAGUACUGCCUGGUCCUUUGGGCUGAUCAAUGGCAUCAUGCUUGAGUAUAUGUCAUUCCGGAAUCCCUUCUGCAGAGACAACCACAUAGAAAACUUCUUCUGUGAGGCCCCCAUAGUGAUUGCUCUCUCCUGUGGAGACCCCCAGUUUAGCCUGAGAGUCAUCUUUGCUGAUGCCAUUGUGGUGCUGCUCAGCCCCAUGGUGCUCAUCGUCAUCUCCUAUGCCCGCAUCCUGGCCUCCAUCCUGGGCAGGAACUCCUCCUCUGGUCGGAGCAAGACCUUCUCUACUUGUGCCUCCCAUCUGACCGUGGUCAUCUUUUUCUACACCUCAGCCAUGUUCUCUUACAUGAACCCCCGUAGCACACACAGUCCUGACAAAGACAAGCCUUUCUCCCUCCUCUACACCAUCAUCACCCCCAUGUGCAACCCCAUCAUCUACAGUUUCCGAAACAAAGAAAUGAAGGGGGCAAUGGUGAGGGCCCUUGGGAGGAGCAGCCUUUCCCAGGCAGAGUCUGUCUAGUGGGGAGAUGCCUGGAGGGGCAGCUUCCUCCUCCAGUCCUGAGAAUUGGAUAACUUUCCUGUGCUGAGAGGUUCCAUGAAAGAGCAU